CUCUGGUCUCCCGCGGAGAGUCUGACAUGGACUGCUACAGUAGUAGAUAGCUUGCGGGAGUCGAUACGCACCCUUCGUUGUGACUUCUUGUGCCUUCAAGAUACACAAAGCAAGCGAGCUAUCCACUAACCACAAUGGUUCCCUCCUUCCCGUGCGAGUGGUGUAGUUCUAACAUCUUCUUGAAGGGGUAGCUGCAGAUGACGUCACUGUUCAGAACAAAGAAAGGCUCGGCAUCUUUCUCCAGUAUCUCCCUUGCCAGACCCAGUGGCCC